AGGAAACCAAGACAAAGACACUUGUUGUCUCUCUCUCUCUCUCUCCCCCCCUCUCUCUGUAAUGAUAUCUAUCUAUCAAUCUUAGGUAGAUACAGACAGCUCUCUCUCUCUCACUCUCUCUCACUCUCUCUCUCACUUACUUAUGUCUGUUUAGAAAGAGAGAGAAGCAAAGAGCAAAGGCAUCUCUUUCGCGUACUUGCUGUUGCUCUCAGGCUCUCAGCCCAGAGGAGGACACAGAGAAAUAGAAAGGGACCCUUUUUUUUUUUUUUGUGUUUUUGUGAGUAUAGCUCUGUGUGUGUCUUUGGUUAUAAAUACUAAAGAAAUGCAACAGCACCUGAUGCAGAUGCAGCCCAUGAUGGCAGCCUAUUACCCCAGCAACGUCACUACUGAUCAUAUUCAACAGUAUCUGGACGAAAACAAGUCAUUGAUUUUGAAGAUUGUUGAGAGCCAGAAUUCAGGGAAACUCAGUGAGUGUGCAGAGAACCAAGCAAGACUGCAACAAAAUCUCAUGUACUUGGCUGCAAUUGCUGAUUGUCAGCCCCAACCACCUACCAUGCAUGCCCAGUUCCCUUCCAGCGGCAUUAUGCAGCCAGGAGCACAUUACAUGCAGCAUCAACAAGCUCAACAGAUGACACCACAAGCCCUUAUGGCUGCACGCUCUUCUAUGCUGCAGUAUGCUCAACAGCCAUUCUCAGCGCUUCAACAACAGCAAGCCUUACACAGCCAGCUCGGCAUGAGCUCUGGUGGAAGCGCAGGACUUCAUAUGAUGCAAAGCGAGGCUAACACUGCAGGAGGCAGUGGAGCUCUUGGUGCUGGACGAUUUCCUGAUUUUGGCAUGGAUGCCUCCAGUAGAGGAAUCGCAAGUGGGAGCAAGCAAGAUAUUCGGAGUGCAGGGUCUAGUGAAGGGCGAGGAGGAAGCUCUGGAGGCCAGGGUGGUGAUGGAGGUGAAACCCUUUACUUGAAAUCUGCUGAUGAUGGGAACUGAGAGGUUAGAAAUGGUGAACCUACUGGUUUGUUCACAUACAAACUUUAGCAAAGUUUAGUCAGGAAGUUGAUCUAGAAAUAGAAAAGCAGAGAGGACUUGUUGCCUGGAAAACUUGUAUGUUGCAAAAACAUGUUGAAGACUUGCCACAAACCUUUCUCUGGCAUGUUUUGAAGUCGCUAAGACACUUACGAUGAAUCUUGUGCUAGUGUAUCACUGUAAAUUUCUAGGCUAUGUUUUGGUGUGCGUUA